CCGGAAGAGAAGGAGGCGAGGCGCGAGGCCUGAGGCCUGAGGCGACGGUUUGGAAGGCCCCGAAGAGAAGGCGUCGUCGACAUGGAGGGGGCCGGACACCAGGAGCCAUAUUUUACUGAGAACACCCCUUCAUUAGAUGAUGUUGUGAAAGAAGUUGAAAAACAACAGCAAUCAAAAGCGUUUGAAAUAGAAAGGAACAAAAGCGGUUUGUUCAAGUUGCAGAGCGAACUUCGUGAGCUUGAAAAACAACUGGACUCUGUUUUAACAGAGACUAAAGAAGUAGAAAACCAAAUUUGUCAGAAAGAUGAUGCCAUAGCAAACAUCAAAUUCCACUGUCAAAGCCUGGAGACACAAGUUCAGACCGUGUAUACAGAAAACGUAAAGCUUAAGUUUGACAUAGAAAUAGCACAAAACGAUUUUGAGGAGCUUAUAAUGAGGAAUAAUGCGUAUUAUGAAAAAAUAUCAGCACAUAAACACCUCUUUUGGGAGGUAGAAAGCAAAUGGCCAGUUGUGAUUGACCUGCUUAAAAAAAAGGAAUUGGUCACAAAUUUAAAUGUAAUGAAAGAAGAAUUGAUGAGUGAACUCCAGAAUCCAGAAGGAAAUUUGAUCAAGAAAAUGCAGGGAGAAAUUGCUAAUUUGGCAGAGGAAAUUUUAGCAGCCAAAGAGAAUAUGAAUACAAAAGCCUUUGUACUGGAGGAAGAGAAAAAGGUUCAUGAGAAAAUGAAAAAGGAAAUCGAGGUACAAAACAAAAGAAGCGAUGCUAUUCUAAAACGUUUGCGCUGCCAGCUGAAUGCACUUAAGUCAAAAAGGAGACAGUGGCAGCGGAAUAUUGAACGGAUGGAAAAAACUGCGGCAGAACUAAGACAAUGCCUUGGAAUAGAAGAUUAGUACACUAUACCACUGUAUUGUCCCUGUCGGUUCUGAACAUGGGUCAUCUUUUGCCCGUUAGAAAGUGUGGUUGAAUCUUUUUGAUAUUUCUGGUCUGGUAUUUCCCUUGAAAGAUUAAAACAAGCGAUGCCAAAGGCUAUUUUGGAGUCAGAAUUACCCAGAAAAUCUGCUCAGAUAAAUAUGACUGCAGAAAGUAUCAAGACUUCAAUUAGCAGUUUUUUGUUAGUGUUUUUCUUUGUCCUUUUCAGCAUCUUUUGUUGUACUUGACACAAACAGGAUAUGAAAGUUUGGUGACAAUUCAUAAUGCUUUCCACAGUUUUUAUAUUCAUGUGGUGAAGACGCUCUAUUAAAAACUUCAGAAGUUAGAUCCUGAUUUGCUGAUUUUCUGACACCUUCCCUUGCAAUAAAUUCAAAUUAAAUUCA